UGGAACAGCUAGGUGUGCAGUUUAUAAGUUUCAAAAUGGCGGCCGAUGUCCCAAAAGGGGACAGGCUUCCCCCAGAUUGGAAUUAUUCAGUGACAAGGGAUGGUAGAGUGUUUUUUAUCAACGAGCGAUCACAGACUACGACAUGGCUUCACCCAUUAAAUGGGCGUCCAGUGCAGACCGGCAACAGUCCCGCUCAAGACCUCCCCCCUGGCUGGGAACAAGCUGUCACACUGGAUGGAUCUUUAUAUUUUCUUGAUCAUAACAGUGGCACGACCACAUUCGACCAUCCACUAAGUGCCCGGCCUUCCCUCUAUGACACAACUUCCAGGUCACCACCACAUAGUCCACAGGCGCCACUCAGUCCCACAGACAGAAACUCCAAGAAGUUCCUGGCCAAACAAAGAAGUAUCAAAGCCCCAUCUGCCAAGCGAAAUCCUGCUUCAACAGUGAUGAGGAAGGGCUGGCUGUACAGAUUUGAAAGUGGUGCCAUAGGCAAAACAUGGAAGAAGAGGUGGUGUGUUAUAGCUGACUUUGCACUUUUUGUCUACAAAGAUGGGGACGAAACGAGUGUGGUGACGUCGGUGCUGCUGCCCAGCUACAGGAUCAACAUCAUGACAACCGCGGACCAGGUCUACAGGGACUAUGGCUUCAAGCUGGAGCAUGAAAACACAAAGACCCUGUACUUUGCCACCGAUAACCAAGGUGACCUUGACCGGUGGCUAGCUCUGCUGACCCAGGCCGCCAUGAUGAAGGGCCAGCAGGGGUUUGUUAGAGAGACAAACAACAACCGUGUUGGUGGACCUCGCCAUCGGUCCCACUCCCGGGGUGAGGAGGACGAAACCGACUACCCCCCAAACCCAGAGCUACAGAGGUCUUGGAAGGACCCCGGGAGUUACCGCAAGAUGCAUCGCGAAGAGGACAUGGAGCCUCCAGACCCAAGAGACUUCAGCCAAGAGUACCCAGCACCCCAUGAGGGAGGCCCUUACGAUGACCGCAGGAGAGAUGAUGGCCACUAUCAGGAGCAUCACGACCCCAGGGAUCCCAGGUCUGGGUACCCCCCAAGUAACCGGAGUAGUCAUGCUGGAAGCAUGGUGGAAAAUCCUUCAAAUCGGAACUCAAGAGACUUUAGAUCACAUCCUGAUGACUUUGGCCCAGAAGAUGGCCACCAUCCAGAUAGGUUGGGGGAUGCUCAUGACAGGAAUAGCAUGUCAAGGAAUAGUGACAGAAACAGUAUGUCAAGGCCGUAUCAGCAGGAUAGCUUAUCCAGGCCUCAUAUGAAGGAUAACAAUUCGCGGCCAUAUGAGAGGGAUAGUUUUUCAAGGCCUCAUGAAAGAGACAGCUUAUCACAGCCUCAUGAAAGGGAUAGCUUGUCAAGGCCUUAUGAGAGGGAUAGCUUAUCUAGACCCUAUGAGAGGGAUAGCUUGUCAAGACCUCAUGAGAGAGAUAGUCUUUCAAGGCCUCAUGAAAGGGAUAGCUUAUCUAGGCCCUAUGAGAGGGAAAGCUUGUCAAGGCCUCACGAGAGAGAUAGCUAUGCAAGGCAAAGUGAUCGAAAUAGUAUGUCCCGCAUGAAUGAUAGAAAUAGUAUGUCCCGCAUGAAUGAUCGAAAUAGUAUGUCUCGUAUGAGUGAUCGGAACAGUAUGUCUCGUAUGAGUGAUCGGAACAGUAUGUCUCGGAUGAGUGAUCGGAACAGUUUGUCAAGAGCCAGUGAUCCUAACAUGAUGAGACCUCAUGACCGAAACAGUAUGUCGACAGUGUCGAGAGCUAGUGUUGAUGGCAGAUACAAUGUCAAUGAUCCAUAUAAUAGGGAGAACAUGGAGAGAAAUAGGAUGACUGAGGAGAGGGAUAGGAGCUUAAGUCAAAAUAGAGGCAGUAUGAGUGAUCCAAGACACAGUUUUACUGAUCCCAGGGGAAGUUACUCCAGGGCAGAUCUUCAAGAACAUCAUUUGGAAGGGGAAGACCCAUAUGCUCGCAUACGUGACAUGCAAAGGUCAGGGUCACAUGGGUUUAAUCCUUAUGACCAGAGAGACUCACAAGGUCUGCCUGAGUCAUAUGGGCAAGAAACAGAUCCAAGAUUUGGGCACCCACAAGAACCUGACCAGCGAAGGUAUGGCAGCAGAGACCAAGAAGAUCCACACAGUGGGGACCAUUAUGGCCAAGAUUCAAGGGAUGUGGAUCCUCGGGUUGUGGAUCCUCGACUUGUGGAUCCACGGGGCAAUCCUGCCGAAAGUUGGGGUUACCAAGGUACUCCAAAUGAGAGAGAUACUCAGAGGGAUUCCUAUUCCAGAGGUCCUUACAGUCAGGAUAGAUAUCCAGCAGAGGAUGAAGAUCCUGGCUUCAGAGAACAAAGGAUUCCUCAAGAUGAUGUUGUACUUGGUAGUCAUGGUGCUUUGUAUCCAGACGAAAAUUAUCAACCAACAGAGCAUCGCCAAAUACAAUCAGGUAAUAAUGGGCCCCAAAGGGACAGAUUAUCCAGAGCAUCCGAGUUCUCAGGCAUGGGCAGUAACCAUGGAGACAGAGCUUCCAGAGCAUCAGACUAUCCUGAACAUGAUGGUCACCAUGGUGACAGGUCUUCCAGAGCUUCUGAUUACCCUAAUGCUAACGGCUACCAUGGUGACAGGUCUUCCAGAGCUUCUGAUUACCCAAAUGCUAAUGGUUACCAAGGAGAGAGAUCAUCUAGGGCUAUGGACCAACCUCCAUCAGAUGAUAGGGAUGGAUCCUUCCAACGUUCAGAUAUGCCAGGUUUGAGGCCGUCAUCGUCUGGCAGCAAUCUAGCUGGACCACAUGACAUGAGAUACGGUGGCUAUCCCACUGAGGGAUCCCCGCAUGGUUCCGACUCCCCGAGGAGGCACCAAUCCCUCACUGUAAACAUCCCACCAACCUAUGUGAACUUGUCUGCAGACCCUCAAGGUCAGGGAAAUGAGGAGUCCCCGGGCAGACCUCCAUAUCCCACUCAGAUACGCAAGGAAAUGGCCAGAGAGCUUGCCCAGACAAAGACGCCCCGAACAUCGCAUGAUUUAGUUGUAUCUGUUGAGAAUGAAGCACGCAGGAGGCAGGAGGCACCCUUCUUCCAGUACCCAUCUCCACGGAAUGGAGAACCUGCACAACAGCGUGAUCCAAGGGAGGUAAUUCAAGAAGGCAGGGAAAGAGACAGUGUCGGACAAGGCUCAGAUGAACAACAGUUAUCAAUGUCAAACAGGUAUGAGAUCCCAGUUGGCUAUGGGCGAAUUGAACCUCAGAAGCAAACCAGAGACGUCGACAGAGGUGAAGGUCGUCCUCAAAGUGGGGGAGGGGCACAGGAACUGAGAAGUGCAUACGAAAGAGUCCAACAGCUGCGACAGAGCCAGCGAGACCUUACAGCAGCAAGGAAAAGUUUGGACACAAUUCAACCUCCUGUUCAACUCAAGGAUACCAAGCGGGAAGACCCCAUUUACUCAGACACCGAAACUAGAGUACCCAGCCCUAUAGUAUAUAGUCCUGGGGGCUCGUAUGUUAAGAACCUAGAUGAACCGGAAGACUUGUAUGAACGAGGAUCAGCAUUCCGUCCUCCAUCGUCCUGCACUAGCAGUAUCAAGGGAGAUAACUCCACCUUGGAACGGAAACCCACCGAGAACUCCCCAUUUCAGGCUAGCAAUGAUUUGAGGUCACACUUUUACCAAAGUCCAGUAGAUACAGGACAGAGGGAGGCUGAGGACCAUGACGGAAAUUACAUUCAAAUGACAAGAGAAAUUGCAAGAGAGAUCGGCAAAAGUUAUAUUCAGGACAAAUGGACAGGUCCCAGAGAGGAGACAUAUGCCAGACCACAGAAGAAGAAACUGCCCAGAGCCAUGUCAACAGUGAAGGAGGAUCCCAACAUGUCCGACGGAGAUGUGCUGACCACAAGAGAAAUAAAGAAUCUCAACAAGAAAUACCCAAUCAAUGGCAGCCGAGUCAGGAUGAGCAUAUCUGCUGGGGACCUCAUUGGCAAAACUCAUGAUGAGCUGGUGCUGCUGCUGAUCCAACUGCGGAGGAACCAGUCCGCCCUGGAGAAGGCCAAGGACUUCUACCGCCAGAGACUGCAGGAGCGGCGCCUCAGUGAACGCGAGUACAAGAGGCAGCGCUCCAACUCGGAGGGAGAGCUAGACCAUGAGGUGGAGCAGGACCACCAGAUGUACAAGGACUACAAGACUCAGCUGGAGGAACUGGAGAACAAGUUGGAGGUGUACAAGCCCCUCAUUAACCUGGUGGACAACAUGGUGACUAUGGGCAGUCUGUACGGGGGAGACAACUACAUGCUGGCCACUCAGUACAGGAAGCACCUGCUCCGGCCAGACCAGUACACAGAACCCCGGGACAUGCUGCUGUUCUCACGACAACACCAGGAGAAAAAGUUUGUCCAGGAGAUUGAGCAGGAGAUCAAACAGCUGUCAGCUGAGGAGGUGGAUCUUGAGGAGAAACUCGAGAGACUCUAUGAGCUGGAUCGGAAUCUGCAAGAGCAGUCCUUCAAGGUUGUCAGUUUCAGGGAGGAUAAGGAGCUUCUAGAGAAAGCCCUGCAGGGGAUCAUCAGGCAGCAGGACCACUGGCGGAACGACCCGCGUGAGAUGAGCAAGCUGGUGCACCAGCAGCUGACCAUUGAGAAGGAGUUGUCCCUCAUCAUGCAACAGCUAGCGGAGGCAUCACAGGAGCUGGAGGAAACCACGGCGGAGAACAACAAGCUGGAGCAUGAGGUGGCACUUCUGAGGACCAAGGUUAAUGGGGAACUCUCCAGGAGUAGGAGCGCUGUGUCUCUGGGCGGAGGAGACACUGAGAAGACCAAGCAGCAGAUGGAGAAGGAACUCGCCAAGGUGAACAACAUCAUGGCCGGACUGUCAGCUGAGAGAGGCCGCCUGUCCCAGGCCAUGAACACACUCAGACGCUCCUCUUCAGGCACCCAGCUUGCAGCCCUCAUGGAUAAAGACUCUGAGCCAACAAGGAAGAAGAACACAAGCUAUAUGAUUACAGACCUGGAUACAAUGGAGAGUAUUGACAUGUCCGGCUCCAAGUCUCCCCGUAGCCCCCAUCAACUGACCCCCAGAUCCAAGAGCAUGGGUGACCUACGGAUGAUGUCCCCAGGGACCCCAGGUGCUGACCAGGGGAAGGCAGUGGAGAGUCUAGGUCGACCCAUGAUGACCAUGAGCUAUGCAGAGGGCCUCAACCAGCCUGUGUCCAGAUUCCCGGUCAUCAGCCACCAGAGACAGCAGAGUAGUCUGGCAACUUCAACAGACGCCACAGACAACAUGGUCGACCCCGAUGACCCCAAUGCCACCUGGGACAUUAGUGAGGCAGAUGACAACACCAAGAGGUUCUUCGGUAUUAUUCCCAGAGAACGACCAAAGGUGCUGACUGUUCGUGAUGUGAAGCGCCAGUCUGAACAGAGGAAGGAGAGGGAGAAGAUGCGACGUGAGGAUGAAGGCAGCACUGGGUGGUAUUCCGUGUCCAGCUCCCAACAGCUGCCCACAGACAGUGAUUCUGAACUUCCCAACCACGUCCGCUAUCCAUCCGACAUCAGUUCCAGCUAUGCAUCAGAGAUCUCCCACAUAGACCGAGCUGCUGACCCAGGUCCCGUGUAUGAGAACCUGCCACAUGCAGAUCACCUGGCUCGCACAGCCUCUGUACCAGUCCUCACCAACUUCAACUCCAACCCAAGUUCACGCCGCUCAUCCAUCGGACUCUUUGCCCCCAAACCCUUCAUCCCCUACCAAGACAAAACCAGCAGUGCAAGCGGCAUCUUCACUGCACGGCCCUUCUUCAGUGAAAUGGACUUGUCCUCAGAACAAGGCCCUCCUGAUGGGAACCGUGACAUGGUGCAGACGUCAAACAGUGCCUUCUCCACUCCUGUGGUGUUCAGACCUAAUGGUGCGAGGUCGGCACAAGCAUCCCGUGUGUAUGCUCCUAAGCCAUGGGCAAGAGAAGGUAGUGCUGGCAUCUUCAAUGUGAAGAAGUCCCCUAAAGGUCGUUACAUGACAAUAUCAAGCAGUGAGCCCUACAAGAGGGAGACUUCAUCAUUAUUGGGAAACACGUUGCACAGUUCGGCUGGGGAUCUUAUCAUGAACAGAUCGAUUGACAAUGUGCCUGACAUAGUGAAGAGCUCUACCCAGAAGGUGGACACAGAGCCGUUUGAUGAAUACACCAUUGAGCGGGAGAUUUUGUUCCGGCCUGACAAGGUGGACAUCCCGGAGCGUUAUGUUCCUGACUCUGAUGAAGAGGAUCUUACUGAUGCACAGAGAAUAGAACGCAUAGAGAAGGCCGAGAAGAUCAAGAGGAUCCUAGCCAAUCAGAGUGUACACUCCUUGUCUCAGCCCGACAUCAGUCAUAUUGGUCAAAACAUUCACCGCAAAGUGGAGAUUGAGAAACAGCGGCGGUCACAACUUCUGGCUCUGGGUCAGGACCUGGCCAAGCAGGUGACACUCAAGACCAAGCAAGAUGCAGCCCACAGACGGAAGACAUGGUCUGGGGGGCAGUUCGCAGAGGCGUUCCCUCAUGGUGUGGAGAGUGGUAUCCAUGACACAUUGCCCACCACCUACACACAACAGCGGAGCAAUGUCCUUGUGUGAUCUUGUCACCUGGCACAACUAUCUGGAGUGAACUUGUCACAAUCCCGGGACAUAUCGAGAAUCAUCUGACAUAACUAGGAUCAUGUGACUUUCCUUGGAUCAUGUGACUUUCCUUUGAUCAUAUGACAUCUAGAAUCAUGUGACAUAACAGUGACAUAUCGAGAAUCAUCUGACAUAACUAGGAUCAUGUGACUUUCCUUGGAUCAUGUGACUUUCCUUGGAUCAUGUGACAUAUCUAGAAUCAUGUGACAUAACAGUGACAUAUCAAGAAUCAUCUGAAUAACUAGGAUCUUGUGACAUUCCUUGAAUCAUGUGACUUUCCUUGGAUCAUGUGACAUAUCAAGAAUCAUGUGACAUAACAAUGAUCAUGUGACAUUUCUAGGACCAUUUGGCAUAACUAAAAUCAUGACAUUCUUAGGAUCAUGUGACACAAAUGGAAUGAUGUGACGUACAAAGAAUCAUGUGACAUUCCAAGGAUUAUGUGAAGUGUGGACAAGUCAUGAUCAUGUGACAUUCCUACAUGUUCUUGUGACAAAAUAUAUGUUCUGUGGAUCUUAAAGUUCAUAUACAGAAUUAACAUGCAGAACACUAGGCCAUUAUAUGGUGUUCUCAGAGAAUAAUCCUUGAUGCACCUGACCAGUGAGAGUGCAUUCUGUAGUCUAGAGGUUGUACAUAAGCAGGAAUAUAUCUUGCAACUGUAGAAAGAGAUUCCCAGUUGGAUAUGUGUGGUAUUGGGAACUGAAAAACAUCCCCAGAUUGUAUGUUAAAAAUCAAAUGUGUCUUACAGUUUUUUAUAACCAGAUGAUUUUAGUCAUCAUCAUUGUAAACAAAAUUCAACCAUUCUGGACAGACAAGGUCAACUACGAAUAGAAUUAAGGCCGCAAGAUUCAUAGAAUAGUUACAGAUGAUUCAUGGAAGGCUGCUGCAAACAGACUAAGUGUAUAUAUCGUGUGCCUUCGCAGCAUCACGGGACCAGAAGAGGACAAGAAGCUAAGCAGAUUCAGCAGAUGUACCGGUAAUGCCAGAUUUCUCAUGUAAGCAAGAGCUGUCAAGGAUGACUUUGUUGUAACUGGAACCCUACGCGGGAUAACUUGACGCUACGCAAGACAACGCCAUCAUCACCAUUGUGUCUUUUUGACAACCCAUUGCCCUUGAUUUAGUUUACAGGAUCACUGGAUUUACAACACAGGCAAGUGGGUGUGUAAUCCUAAUCUUGCCAUCCUGUUACAUGAAACUGUCAGUUUUGAUACCAUUUAUGUAUAUUUAUGCCGUUUUUAUUCUAGAAAUUUGAGGAAUUUUAAUGCCCACAGCAUUUGAUGGUGUCAGGAUGUUGUUGGAUCAGUGUUAUAUUUUCCUAAUCAAGAAGCUAUUGGAACACACUGUGGAUGGAACCUAUGUGUUUUGUGUGUCUGCAUCUAUGCAACUGUUUAAUGAUGCACAAUAUGGAAGGGUUCUGUGAAUGUUUUGUAAGUUUUAUUCAUGAUCAAAUCUGUGUUUAAGGGUACCAUGCUGUAUUUUAUCAGAGCAUUAAACCUGGUGUGGCCUCAUGUGAUAACAAUGAGCUCAUUAUGUGAAGCUGUGUGCCUUAUUAGAUGUUGAGUUCGUAUGAUCAAGAUGGCGGGCAGCAGAUAGUUUGCAAGAUGUAGAACUGUUUCUUCAUCGAAGCUCCUUGGACAUGUGUUGAAUGCAAUUCAAGAAUGUUGUGAAGUUCUUGGUAAAUUGUAUUUGCCUUCCUGAAUUGUUUUUGUUAAUUUUAUUAAUAUGGAUGUAAAUGAUCAGAAUUUUGAUUAAAUGUUUUUAUAAUCUUUUCACGACAAAUACUCUUAGAGUAGAAUCAGAUGGUCAGUAUAAUUCAUUUGUUUUUGAGCGUUAUAUGUUUGAUUCAUAUUUUAAUGACAAGACUCUUAAUUAGGGGCGGAUAUGAAGUGAGCAUGCACGGAAACUUCUCUUUUAGGAUUGUUUAGGCUUUCUGUUGUGUUGAUUUAUGUAUGUCUUUUAAAGUGACUGAUAAUGUUUUAUCAAGUUGGUCUGUAUCAUGUUUCACUGUAAUCAGUUUGAAGUUUUGUGAAAAUUAUAGAUAUGGCAAAUGCUUAACUUUGGAUAUGGAUUUUGCUUAACUUUGUGUAAUUUCCGUCUUUUUUAUUCAGGGUAUAUUCUAAGCAUUUAACAAACAGCUUUAUGCCUUGAAAUGUUACUAUGUGUUACUGGUUACUCAUUUCUAGAGUGCAGGAAUUAGUGUGGACUUAAACAAGAAUGGUUUACGUUUCAGUGUAUAUCUUGAGGAAGUACUGAAGUCGUUCCAGGGUAGUUUACAUCGAGUAGAAAUCAGAGAUCACUACAAUGAAUGCAAUUCUCAUAGUGCUCCAUGUUAUUUGUAAGAGAUAGAUGUGAUUUUUGUGUAUAGGUUUCACAUGUGCGUAUAAUUAACAUACAAGACAGAACUGUUUUAGUUUUGAAGAAAAAAAAGAAUGAUUUAUUCUUGAUAUUUUUUAGAUGUAGGUGCAAGUGUGAAUGAUGACAGUGAUAGAAUUGGACUUAGUUUCCUAAACAAUAUGAGCAGUAUCAUCUUGAUUAUUUCGAGUAGCAUAUUUCCCUUUGGUUAUGAUACACACCCUGAACACGUGGUACUUCUGAUAGGCAUGACAAGUCGUGUACUGAUGACAUCACCUCUAGUAAUUUGAUUGGACUGGUGGCGUGUCAUGUGAACAUUUGAACAAAGGUAUGGAGGCGAAUACGUCCAGAGUAGUUAUCAUAGGAAAAUGGAUGAAUUUUACAGUGGAUAAUCAUGGUAAAGUUCUAUACAUUUACUGGGAAUCAGGUGAGCAGUCUUUAUACUAACAUUACACGUGAAAAUAUUAAUCAAGUGUUACCUUUAGUAUUUAGUAACAUUUCAGUGACCUUCUCCUGGGAGCCUGUCUAAGUAUUUAGUGAUACAUCAUAUGGUUUAUAUGUUAAUCCUAUUUGUGACGGAAACCAUGGAAGACCAGACAUUUUUAAGCUUGGCUUAUGGAUUCACCAACUCCAGAAAAAAGUGAAAUGUGAAAAAAUAUAAUAAAUGAAAAUCAGUUUUAUUUUGCCAACCAGAAAUUGGUAAAAUGUUUUAAAAAACUCAUUAACUGUCACUAUCAAUAUAAACAAAUUAUUUGAAAUACUAUGGUUAAAACCUUAGUAAGAACUUAUCUGAAAAACUUCAAAAUGAAUUGUGAUGCAUCGCGAGGGGACAUAAACAAAAAUAUUGUAAAUUGUUAUGUUUUUAUUAUUAUUAUUUUGAUCUGCUGACCUGAAUUUUGGGGCCAAAAAUCCAUACCCCUUCAAAGAAAGUCUUGCUUAUAAUGAAUGGUUCUCUAGAUUCUAAACAGAUUGAUAUGUGUAGCUGUGAGGUCCGUGAGUGUACAGUAUUUGUGAAUAAUUUAGUUUACAUUCCAUUUAAAUAGUGAUAUAUUAGUGUAAAUUAUUUUCAGCUCAUAUUUGUAUAAAGAAACCUUUACAUAACCAUUCCUUUCAUUGUAAACAGUUUUGUAGUUUUGCAGUUCAAGUACAGCAUCAUUGACUGCAUGCUGGGAUAGUCAGCGUUGUUAUUGUGCAGGUUGUGAGUCCAUCCCUCGUGAUAUCUACAACUGUGAUCUGUGUUGCAAUCAUAUGUACAGUGUUACAGGAGAUAGUUACCCAGAUGGUGCUAAUCAUGGAAAGCAAGAAAUAGUAUUCUAUACAUACCUGUAACGUAAGAUUGAAACAAGAUAGCCAAGAUAGUCUGAGUUGCUUCCCUUGGGCACACCAGCAACCUAUGAUUGUGGGUUUGAAUCCCAGUUCAUUCUGAUUCUGUUUCUAGGUUUGUCAUCACCAUAGCUGUGCUUGUGGAUUUCACCAAAGUGGUAAACGUCUAAGACCUGCAUCACUUCGGGCUGUUCUCCUCAUUGUGAGCUGACACAAUGAUAUAACUGGAGUACAGUGAAAAGUGGCGCCAAACCCUACUCAUUCAAAUGGCACAAGGGCAUAAUGGCCCAUGGAUCAUAGGUGUCGAUAUUUGUUCUGCAGUGUUGUGUCCCUUUAGUCAGGUCAGGAUCUGCUGAUCAUUGGUUUCAAUUACCAGAUUCGCCAUGAUCAUAAUUGCUGGCAUAAGCACUGUACUUGAGCAGGUGAGUUUCACCGAAGUGGAAAACAUCUUUGAUCCGUGUCACUUUCUGUGAUCUGUGUCACUUUCUAUGAUCUGUGGGCUUUCCUAUCAUGUUAAGCUGACACACUGUAUUAUGUGGCAUUAAACACAGCUCACUCACUACAUGAUUCUGUCCAUAUGUUCCCCUGAGUCAACAGUCUGCAAGAUUCCUUUGUAUGGCAAAAAUCUAUCAAUGCCUGCUCACUGAAUCCAGUUUAUUUAGCAUCCUACCCUGUGGGAAUCCAGAAGAAUAGGUUCUCAGCAUCUUAUGUUUUUUGUAAGAGAUGACGGGGUUGUCAGGUUCAGUGACUUGGCUGACUGCAUGUCACUGUGCCCCAAUGGUGUGGAUUGUUGCUCAUGCUUUCAGUGCGACACUGAAUAUUUACAAGCCGCUAUGUGCGCUGGAAUAUUGCUGGGCACAUCAUGUAUGAUUUUGGAUUAAGAAUAUUUGAAAGUACUUAAUUUUAUUUUUUACCUGUUUCCUGGCUGUUUGGCCUCGGACUGAAUAAAUCAAAGUUGGCAACUAUCUCCUGUCACACUUGCCGAAUAUCUUAUUUUACUUUACCUCACCAGUUGAUGAGAGUAUUCAGAAGGGGAGAUAACCUGUUCGCUAUGUAAGAGAACUUGAAUGUGUCAUGGGUAUAUAUAGUUACACACACACACACACACACACACACACACACACACACACACACACACACACACACACACACAUCCCCGCCUUCAAACCCUCUGUGAUCCAAUGAGAUUGCUUAAUAGUAUAGUUUAGUUGGUAGUAGAAAUGUGUAAAGAUUAGUUUUGUAUUCGACACUACUGACGUCGUUACAUUCACAGAAUCCAGUAUGGCAGGCUCGUAUACAUUAUCAACCUCUCAUGAUAUUUUCAAGAGACACAUUUGUGUUGCUGAGAGCAGUUCAGAAUGACAUUAUCCAACAGUUUUCUGUUCCCGUUUCUGAAGAUAACUGUCUUUUCUCUACUUUUGAACAAAUGAUGUACAUUGUUUCUGGCAGUGUUUUGCUUGUAUAUAUGUAAAUGUGCCAAGUGGCCCCAUCCUGGGGGUGCUACACCGCAUAGUAAUCAUAGAGGCUACCAUGACCUGACCACAUCGCUGCUAUCCUCAACAUCUUAGUUACAAUAUAGAUGCUAUGCCAACAUCCAUAGGUUAGAUGUGAACUUAUAUCUCAUAGGAUAUGGAUGUAAUCUUAGGAUGGAAGAAUCCAUUUCUUAUUCCAGGAAACCAAAACUAACAUUUUGUGUACUUUUCCCGAACUAAUUUGCCCUCAGGUUUUUGACCAAAAAUAAUUGUUUUGCUGGACAGACUGGAUGUCAUAAAAUAAAUAUACCACUAAAAAAAGUCAAGGAUCACCGAUUCUUUCAUAUUACUAUGGUAAAAAUGUCAUAGCAGGACAGAUUAACUAUAGAAAUGUGAAAGAAUUACUUUCCCAGUGAAAUUGUUUGUUUUUAAGCAGUGACUGAAAAAGGACACUUUCUCUGACAAAAAUGACAGCUCCUACUAAUAUGACAUGAUGUGUCCCUAGGGGGCUGGGUUAGCCAAUUGGUUAAAAUAUGUCACACAGAAGACCUAGGUUUGAUUCCCCAAAUGGGUACACUGUGUGAAGUCCAUUCUCCAUGCUGAUAUUGCUGGAGAUUGCUAAAAGUGGUGAAAGACCCAAGCCACACACUCAACAACUGUCAAUAGUUUAGAACCAUACAUAAAUUGAGCAGAUCUAUGCAUCGUUAUAUUGGGGCCAGAAAGAUCAAAGUUACAGGCGGGAAACCAUGCUACACACUCAUUCACAGAAAACAUAUUGUGAUCAUGUUGUAGUUGAUGUUAAGAUGACUGUGAAGUCAGUCACCUAUUCUACUCAACAUUUGCUAAGGAUCACACAUUUGACUAAAGAUGACUAUUUUGGUCCUUAAGUGUUGUAUAAUGGAUUCAGGAAAUGUAGAAUACGGGUUUUAAUUCACACAGAGCACAUGGUAUACAUGCAGGCAGACAUUGGAACUCCCCCCUUUCUUACUCCCUAACUGAAGAGUACAUUUUAUAACAUAAGCUGUCCAGAGUUAUCUCCCCUAGACCAUACCAUGAACACAUUAAGCCGUCCGGAGUUAUCUCCCAUAGACCACUACAUUGAGUGUACAUAAAGACAUAACACUUAGCUAAUGUUGAGUAGUUACAUAUUGCAGCCCCAAGAUCAAGCAGCAAGCCAGAUUGUGCUGCCCACCGUAUCAACUGGCAUUAUUUUGUAAGUACCGGUAAUUAUCCUUAGGUUGUUUGUGUGGAGUGAUAACAGGUCAUGGUUGUUCAACAAUAGAAAGCUUUUGCUUGGGUAAUAUGUCUGCUCAGUCUAUAAUAGAUUUAUAUCACUGCUCAAAUCAAACCUUUAUUAGUAAGAAUCCAUGUUUAUGCCAUGGAAGCAACUUGUUAGCCUGUGUGUAUGGUAGCUUCACUUGGUGUUUGCCUGGGCAUGUUAUUUCAGGACAGUGUCAUCACCCCUGGCAGGCCUGCAUCCCAUGAAGCCUUGAUUACCCCGUUCUGUGUUGAGUGUCUUCAAUUUUGUAAAUGACCUACUUCCACAUAAAGCUGAAUACUGAAUAAAGCCACAUAAAUACUGUUCAACUAGGUGUUAAGCAAUCUUACUCAGCAGCUAUGGAAGCAGUGAAACACUUUAUUGAAAUUAAUUUUGUGUUGACAGGCACUAUGAAAUUUGAAGGUGUUUAUCCCCGAGGAAGUUAUCUCCCUUUGUACAGCUAUGAUGAAGUUGAGGUCACUCUUUUGGUGAUGUCUUCGAACAGCUACAUCAUUGGUUUCACUGAAAAAAGAUUAACCCCAUCUUGCCUCAUGGUCACAUUCCUGUAGACAUGUUAACAAGGCCCAACACUAAUGUUAGGUAUGUGUCAUGGUCCCAUGAGGGGCAGUCGGGUAGCCUAGUGGUUAAAUCGUUAGCUCGUCACGCCGAAGACCCAGGUUUGAUUCCCGACAUUGGUACAAAGUGUGAAGCCCAUUUCUGGUGUCCCCUGCCGUGAUACUGCUGGAAUAUUGCUAUAAACGGCGUAAAACCAUACUCACUCACUCAUGGUCCCAUGAAAAGUGUGUGAGGGUGAGGCAGUACAUCAUACACCAUAGUCUCAGAUCUUUGUGAAAAAGUUCUUUCAUGAUGAUCUUAGAAAAUGAUUGUAGCCUAUUGUGUAAAGGUUAUGUAAUAUGAUAUUGUAUGUAACAGAAUUAUUUUUAACAUUUUUGCAUAAUGGCGUAAAAAACAAAUUUUGGAAAUUUUAUUAUUUUCUUACGUAAAGUGACAGUUGUGCUAUAAUAAUCGUUAGUCAGUUUAGGGUAUGAGUUACGACAUGUAGUGCUACAAUCACUAUGUUAAACAGACUCUGCCUUGUACCAGUAUGGCAGUGUGACCAAUAAAAUUCCCUGUACUCCUACAAUAAGACAAUAGGUCUAGUCUGAUGAAGUAACAUGUCCCCACAAAACUGAGUGAAGCUACAUUAAAAUCAAACUUGUACAGACUAUUGACACAGACUGCUGACCAGUGAGAAAUUAUUCUGUUAUUUGUUGGUGACUUUUAGCAUAAUUUUUUACCAGCCAGUGUAUAUAUAUUUCUAUACCAUUAUCUAAUGCCUCACAUCAAUAUGAUAUUAGAUAGCUAACAUAUACAUCGUGUACUCACUCAUACCACUUGUUGAAGUGAAUAUUAAAUAUCAUGCCAUCUGA